AUGUCGGCCGGGUGGCCCACGCCAGAGCAGGACAGCCCAAUCAAGUCUCCCCCAACCUCCCAGUCACGCCAACCACAGCGCGUGCUUGCAUGCGUGCUCUGUCAGCAGCGCAAGAUCAAGUGCAACCGCAAGUUUCCCUGCUCCAAUUGCAUCCGGUCCAAGGCGUCGUGUGUGCCGGCCACCCUGAACCCGCACCGAAGAAAGCGUAGGUUCCCCGAACGGGAGCUGUUGGAUCGUGUCAGCAAGUACGAGGACCUGCUCCGCCAGCACAAUGUUGCAUUCGAGCCGCUCCAUCAGCAGGAGAAUGCGUCUCCCAGCGUCGAGGGAACCAGCCAUGCGGACGAGAAGAUGGCCGAAGCUGCGGGCGUAGAGCAGUCGUCAACCCCUAAGCCCGAACAAGUAUACGAGGCCAAGAACUUCUGGCACACCAUGAGCCAAGGGUUCCGGAACCCCGACAGUGACUGUGAUUCCUCGCAGGAUGAUGUGCGUGAGGGCCUGGUGAGGACCGCGUGGGAUACCUUGUACACAAACAAAGACCACCUCCUGCUGGGCUCCCGCAAGACCCCCGUCGACAUCUCCACUCUGCACCCCGAUCCGGUUCAGAUAUUCCGGCUCUGGCAGAUCUAUCUGGACAACGUCAACCCUUUGCUCAAAGUCACGCACGCUCCCAGCUUGCAAGGACGCAUCAUCGAAGCCGCCAGCAAUGUUUCGCGCGCCAGCCCCGCCCUGGAGGCACUCAUGUUCGGCAUCUACUGCGUCUCUGUCCAAAGUCUGGCCGAGGACGACUGCCAGACCAUGUUCGGCGCCUCAAAGGAGCAUCUGCUGACGGCCCAUCACUUCGGCUGCGAGCAAGCGCUGCUGAACUGCGGCUUUCUACGCACCGGGAGUCGCGACUGUCUGACCGCAUUGUUCCUCUACCUUGUCUCGGUUGGCCCCAAGACCGACCCGCGAUCGCUCUCUUCAAUGCUUGGCGUGGCGGUCCGGAUCGCCCAACGCAUGAACAUCGACAGCGAGUCGGCCAAUGCCAGGUGCGCUCCCCUCGAGGCAGAGACGCGCCGCAGGCUUUGGUGGGCCCUCGUCCUCUUCGACACCCGCAUAGGCGAGCUGGCCAAUUACAAAUCCGUGACUCUGGCGCCGACCUGGGACUGCAAGGCCCCUCUCAACGUGAACGACUCGGAUCUCUGGGCCGAGAUGAGGGCGCCGCCGCUUCCUCAGGCACAAUGCACCGACUCCGUCUUUGCCGUAGUGCGUAGUGAGCUGGGCGAGUACCUCCGCCACGCUGCUGUUCACCUUGACUUCACCACCCCGGCUUUGAAGCCCAGUGCCAACGACGCCGAAACCGAGGGCGGUCUGGACGGCCUCGAGCGGAGAAUCAACGACAAGUACCUCCGUUUCUGCGACCCCGAAAACCCCCUCCACUACAUGACCAUCUGGACCGCCCGAUCGUUCCUCGUCCGAUACCGGCUCGUCGAGCACAACUCGAGCCACUCGACUUCUUCGGCGCAGCUGACCGAGGCACAACGCAACGCCGCCCUCUCCUACGCCCUCGCCAUGCUCGACUCCGACACCAACAUCAUGACCUCCCCGCUUACCAAGGGCUACCGCUGGCUCUUCCAGUUCCACUUCCCCUUCCCCGCAUACGUCCACAUCGUCCAGGAACUCAAGCGACGGCCCGGUUGCGAGCUCGCCGACCACGCGUGGCACGUCAUGAGCGCCCACUUCGACUCGCGCUUCUCCUUCUCCCCCAUGGCGGCCGAGGAGAACCCUUUGUUCGACGUCUUCGCCGGCAUGGUCUUGCAGGCGUGGGAGCCACGCGAGGCGGCGCUGAGGGAAUCUCAAUCCGGGCAGCAGCCGGUGCCGACACCGCCGAGGAUCGUCGAGUGCUUCAGGCAGAAGAUGGCGGAAAGGGCGAACAAGGUGGUGCCAGAUGUGGAGCAGACGCGCAACCAGGCUUCGGACAUGGACAUGGGUGGCUUGAUGCCCACCGGCUUUGGUGGCCACGGCGGGCUGCUUUACGGUAUGGAAGGGCAAGGUGGUUUUGCGGAAAUGGGGCUGGGCGGUUUCAGCAACCCCGGCCUGCCUGGACAGCUCCCGUUGGAUAUGGGUAUGAAUCUCAACCAGUUGAACUGGGCUGCCAUGGAUUGGGGGUUUGGUAAUCACCGCGGGAUGUGA